GAUUCCAGCAUGGUAAGCUUGGUCGAGAAGAUGAAAUGACUGAGACAUGGUGUUCUGUUCCCCAAAUGUCAUUGUUCCCAAACACAGCUUUGAAACAGUCAGAUUAGGAGCAAGGUUGAAGACAGUUUCAGUUUGAGUUGCAGAAAGAAAGAAGAUGAAUUUGUGGCUAAUACCCUCCACAAUUCCAAUACUUUCAACACCCCAUCAACAUCAUCAUCAUCUUCAUCUUCCAAUUAUUCCUACUAAGCUUUCUCUUCACAACACUCUCCUUGCAACUACACUCUCCUUUGGCUUCUUCUUCUCCUCCUUGCCUUCUUCUGCCUCUGCUCUUCAACCUCCUUCCCUUCCAAUCCCUCUUUCUCCUUCCACUGAAGCAUGCCGGGAUGUCGAGCUACGAGACGUGAUUGUUCCAACUGCUCCUGAAGUUGUUACCAAUGAAGGACUUGUUCAAGAAGCUUGGCAGAUUGUUAAUGAUGACUUUCUUGAUACUGGUCGCAACCGUUGGUCUCAAGACACCUGGCAGCUGAAGAAGGAUGAUAUUUUGAGCAAUUCCAUUCAGACAAGGUCAAAGGCACACAACAUCAUCAAGCGAAUGCUCGCCAGUUUAGGUGAUCCAUAUACACGAUUUCUUUCACCUGAAGAGUUCUCCAAGAUGGCGAGGUAUGACAUCACUGGUAUUGGAAUAAACCUCAGGGAAGUUACUGAUGACAAUGGAGACCAAAAGCUGAAGGUAUUGGGAUUAAUAUUGGACGGUCCUGCUCAUUCUGCUGGUGUCAGGCAGGGGGAUGAAAUAUUGGCAGUCAAUAACAUUGAGGUAAAGGGAAAAUCAGCAUUUGAAGUAUCAUCCUUGUUGCAAGGCCCUAAUGGAACAUCUGUCACUAUUCAGGUCAAGCGUGGUAACUGUGGACCUGUUGAAUCAAUAGAAGUUCAACGGCAAUUUGUGGCUCGCACACCAGUCUCUUACCGUAUGGAACAAACAGACAGUGCUGCUGAUCGUGUUGGGUACAUCCGCCUCAAAGAGUUCAAUGCAUUGGCCAAAAAAGAUUUAGUAAUUGCAAUGAAGCGACUUCAAGACAUGGGUGCCUCAUAUUUUGUAUUGGAUCUUAGAGAUAAUCUUGGUGGUCUAGUACAGGCUGGAAUUGAAAUUGCAAAGCUUUUCCUAAACGAAGGAGACACGGUUAUCUACACUGCUGGGAGGGACCCCCAGCUCCAGCAAGCUGUUGUUUCGGAUACUUCACCAAUGAUCCGUGCUCCUGUCGUUGUUUUAGUGAAUGACAAGACUGCUAGUGCAAGUGAAAUAGUUGCUUCUGCACUUCACGAUAAUUGUAGAGCGGUUCUCGUUGGAAAACGCACAUAUGGCAAGGGUUUAAUCCAAUCUGUAUUUGAGCUUCAAGAUGGAUCUGGUGUGGUUAUUACUGUCGGGAAGUAUGUAACACCAAAGCACAAGGACAUAAACGGUAACGGAAUUGAGCCUGACUUCCAGAAACUUCCAGCUUGGGAUGAUGUCAGCCAACAUCUUUCAAAAUGCAGUAUACUUCAGCAAGGAUAGAACAGUUUCUACGGUGCAUUCAAAUGCAAUCUUUUGCUUCUGGUUUUUCAUUUAAUUUGAAACUUCUAAAGAAUCUGCAUAUGCUGGAAGCUGUCAUGUACAUAUCUCAAAGAUUUCAAGUUAUUAAGAUAUAUAACACGAGAUUGGUGGGAAGAAAUGAUCUCAGGAAGCAUACAAGAGUUUGUAUGAUUGUAUCCAUGAGGGCACAGCAUAACUGAAGCAACUUGGAUUUUAAUACUUAACUAACAUAGGAAACUUUGACAUCUGAAUAUAUGAAAAGUGACAUUUUAUUGGUAAACCAAUCAUUAUAGUAACAUAUCAGUUGUUACAGAAUGUAUGUUACCAUUCUUUGUUUUGAUAAGCACAGAUCAGUAAAUUUCUAGACA